CGAUACCUAGAUCAUAAUAACCAAUUAAAAUAGACACAACAGAUCAUCGAAACUCAUUUUUAUAUCGGAGGAAUAGACAAACCACCCACAAACAGUGUGCGUUUUGCGUUUGUUUGCACGGGAGCUGCUGGAUGCAUUUCUCUGUCUCCACAUUUUCUCCUGUGUGAGCUGCUAUGAAUGGAGGCUAAAUGUUGCCGAAGACUGACAGCGGUGGUUUUGUGCUUCUCCUCUUUAUUCUAACACUAACAGAUCCACCACGGACAGGUUCACAGCUCGCUCUGGCCAGACUGCUGUCAGAGCUGCGCUGCAGUCCGAACCAGUUUGCCUGCCGGAGUGGAAAAUUGCAGUGCAUUCCUCUGUCCUGGCAGUGUGAUGGUUGGACGGCAUGUGAGGACAAAAGUGAUGAGAUAGAUUGCCCGACAAUAAAAGAAGAGCGACAUCGAUAUAGCAACGGGUUCGAGCCGGUGGAAGAUGUUAUGGGUGUCGCUCAGCCAAUCCGCUUCAAUAAGAAGUGUCCAAGCGGAUGGCACCAUUACGAAAAAACAGCCAGCUGUUAUAAAGUCUACCUGAAAAACGAGAACUACUGGCAGGCGGUAGAAACCUGCCAGAAAGUCAACGGCUCCCUCGCUACGUUCAGCACCAACGAGGAGCUGCAGUUCAUCCUGAAGAUAGAAGUGGAAUUUGACGAAAAAGUGUGCGAACGAAAGGAUCAGUGCAAGUUCUGGGUUGGAUAUCAGUAUGUGAUAACUAACCAGAAUCAUUCUCUGGAGGGCCGAUGGGAGGUGGCAUAUAAAGGAUCCAUGCAGGUGUUUCUUCCUCCCGAGGGUUUGGCUAAACUCGGCGAGGCGAACCCCACCCAGGACAGCGUGUUCUGUGCCCAGCUGCAGCGCUUUCAGAUCAAGAGCAUGAAUGAGCGAGGAUUGCAUAGCUGGCACGCAGAGAACUGCUACAAAAAAUUCCCCUUCCUCUGCAAGAGAAGACAAACAUGUGUCGACAUCAAAGACAAUGUGGUGAACGAAGGCUAUUAUUUCACACCGAAGGGGGACGAUCCCUGUCUGAGCUGCACGUGUCAUGACGGAGAGCCAGAGAUGUGUGUGGCCGCGCUGUGCGAACGCCCACAGGGCUGCCAGCAUUUUCGGAAGGACCCCAAAGAGUGCUGCAGAUUCACCUGCUUGGAUCCUGAUGGCAGUAGUCUGUUCGACUCUAUGGCCAGUGGCAUGCGGCUCAUCGUCAGCUGUAUCUCGUCCUUCCUCAUCCUCUCUCUGUUGCUCUUCAUGGUGCACAGACUGAGACAGCGGCGCCGAGAGCGCAUCGAGACCCUCAUUGGAAGCAACCUGCAUCAUUUUAAUUUGGGUCGGAGGGUGCCUGGCUUUGACUACGGGCCGGAUGUGUUCGGGACGGGCCUGACGCCUUUGCACCUCUCGGAUGAUGGUGAUGGGGGAGCGUUUCACUUUCAAGAGCCGCCGCCCCCAUAUGCUGCUUACAAAUACCCAGAUAUCCACCACCCAGAUGAUCCUCCGCCACCUUACGAGGCCUCCAUUAAUCCAGACAGCAUCCUUUUUAUGGACCUUGGGCGAACCGGGGUUCCUCUGGUCUCCGGGCAUGUCAGCGCUGCCGCCGAUACCCUUCAGAGAGAUUACUCGGAGCAGGCCGCCACCCCGCCGCCGCCCCUGGAGGAGCGUGAAGACUCCAUCGACAGCAGCACCCUACUGGUGUCUCCAGACACCCCUAGCGAAUCAGAGAACAGCAUUACUGAGAGCUCCAGCGUGGACUGCACCAGCAGACCCUCACUGAGCACAGUGGUAUAGGACUGGAGAACGCCUGCAUCCCGAAAGGUUUUGUUGGCUCUGGGACUCAAGAACGUUUCCUUUUCGAGGCAAAAACUUUUGAUAUUACAGAUAGAAGGUCACUUUGAAUUUUUAUCCACGUCAUCUUGUGUAUAUACUUCAUUUGACCCUCGAUUUGUUGCAUCACUUGAAAUAAGCUUACGCGGAUGAACAGUGGAAGGGGAGACGGGCCACUUCACCGUCUCUGUGGUUUACACUGGCAUGUGUCAAUCACCUCACUUUGAUGUGCUUGAUAAAAGGCAUUUAGGUGAUGUAUUGACGACUGGAAUCAGCACACUGACUAUUUUCCUAGAAUGCUCUGUCCAAACUGAUCCUUCCGACCCUUUCCGGGCACCCAGAAGGGUCAGUUUGGAUAUGAGCCGGAUUCUCUUUUUUUACAUAACUCUGUGUCGGAUCGCAAGCACAAACUCAUAAACGACAACAGAAAAAGUUGUUUCGGUACGACGUUUAAAUAUCCUGCUGUGACAUGCAAUGCAAAUCCAUUGACUGUUUUGGUAAGAUUGUCAUCCAACUUUGAAGCAUUUGGGCUUCUUUAGGAGGCACACGCACUCCAGACUUUGACAUUAGUGAUGUCUCAACGAUUAAUUUUGCAUUUGCAUACUUUUUAAGUCAGUCUAACGAAAGACCAGUUCUGGAAACAAAUAUAUUUGUAAAAGUACAAAUGUACCGUAAGCCGCAUCAAUGUAGUAUGUGUUGUACUAAAUGUAAUGUAUGCUGGUUUUAUUUUAAAUGUGAUAGUUUUCAUUACUGUAGUACAGUAAUGAGAAUUGUUUGUUCAAUAUUUUCUAAUGCAAAACAUAGGCCAUGUUCACACACGUUCUUUUAAUACGUAUUUUUGUGUUCGCGCACAAUUCAGUUACAACCAAUGCUUCCUAUGACCGAAUUCACAUGAAAUUUUACAGAAAUUGUAAGCAGUUGAACCGAACUGAACAACUAGUAGUUGUUGACGUAUUUAAAUGUAGAUCAGGCGCAUGAUGGUUUUAAUACAUGGACAUGACGACUGAAGAACCGUGCGGUUCACAAACACACAGCACACAACAUCUUUGUAAACGGUGGUUAAGUUAAAAUUGCAGAACAUAACACUGGCUUAGUUAAGGCGGUAGGGUCCCGAACUGCAAAGUGCUGCGGGAAACCCUGGCUUCAAAGAACUCUAAACAAUCCCAAAUGAGGCAUAACUCUGCGUUCACACCAGACGCGGAAGAGGCGGCAAAAACACGGUAUUCACACAUAGUUGGACGUCAUGUGAGGGGCUUCUGCGAAUACGCUUGCUUCCUGUAAUCACGUCACUACUAGAGCAAGCUCCUGAUUGGUUAUCCGCCAAAGUUCAGAUUUUUCAACUUGUGCGUUUCCCGGGGUUAUCCGCCAAUGUUCAGAUUUUUCAACUUGUGCGUUUCCCGGGAAUGCCUAUUCACGUCUUUGCGUUGACUUAACAUGUAAAUCACUCACGCUUGCUGUGAAAGCACCGUUUUGGCAAGAAAAAUUUGUAUAUUUUAAACCACAACUUGACGCACCAGCGUCGGCUGUAUUUUUUUUCUAAGAAAAUUUAGUAUUUCUUUAAACUUUUCUCAUUUUAGUAUAAAUAUGUUACGCUUAAGGAGAUAUAGAAAUGCUGAAAAAAUUAGCAUACAGAAGAUGACAGUUUGGCACAUGUGCUAAAAAAUGCCUUCGGAAAAAGUCUAGCUGGCUGGAUUUAUGACCUAUACUGCAGGCAGCCACCAGGGGGCGAUCAAAAUGUUUUGCUUCACUUUUUAGAAUACAUGUAGUUCAUCACUCGUAAAAUUUUCCAUUUUAAACAUGGCCAUUGUUUUCUGUUUAUUUUUGUUGUGAGAUUUAAUCACUACUUUAAUCCAUGUUUUGAAUACAGAAUGUCAUAAAGGGAAUUUCAAAAUAUUUUUACACACUUUUUGCCUCUCAAAAUUUGAAAUCAGUGUGCUAUAAUGCAGAUCUAUGUUUCUUGAGUUUCUUAGAUGUUUAGAUUUACGGACAAUUAUAAGGUUUGCAUUCAUGUUAUGUGUGUGAGUGUAUUGUGUGUGUUACGUGUAUGGUUUUUAUUUUUACCAUUCAAAAGGCUCUUCUCUCAAUAUCGCAUAAUGUAAAUUACAGUAAGUUACUAUUUGGUACUUGACACUAUGUCAGCUUGAGCUUAUAUUUGCACACAUCAGCAUAUGAAUAUGUAUUUAUGUAAAAACAAAACAUUCGUUACAUUUGUCAUUUACCGAUUUGCAUGCAAUUUUGGACUGCAUCUCCAAUUGUUAUGAAUGACAUUAAGUUAUGAACUUGAGGGAUGAAUCAGUCAAAAAAUAUCUGCUUGGUCUGUAUUGAGAUUAACACCUCAAAGCUGUUAUUAUUUAUAUUUAAUUUGAUUCCUUAAUCUUAUGAAUGGGAACAUACAAAAUAAUGCAACAAAAGCCCCAAAAGAAUGACAAUCAGGAAUUUCGUAGAAAGCUAAAGAUCCUAACAAAAGCACAAAGCCCUUCUGUGUUGGGACAAAGGUACAAAGACAAAAAAUGUGAAAUUGCCUAUUUUUUCAUUUAAAAUUGAAUUUUUGAUGCGGGUAAAGUUGACUAAAUGCCCAUCACCAAAUUAAUGUGAAAUUUCUGCACACUGUAUAACCUUUUUUUUCUUGCAUUUUGUUUAGUACUAAUUUCCAGGGUUUCAUCCGCUCAGACAAUCUGUUUGUUUUACUUCAUUUAGCACAUAUGUGUGUAUGUUUGGAGUGGGUCGGAUGAGAGUGUUUGGCAUAAAUGUUUUGCAAACCUGUGCUUGCAUGUUUUCCUCUAUAUUGAGCAUGCAGGGAGAGAGAGAGCGUCUCUUCUGCGGUACUCCAUUUUUGGCUAUGCUUACAGACCCUCGUCUACAAACAGGUCAAUGCACCCGAUUCCUCCUUCCCACCUACCAGUUACUGCAUUUGCAUUACCUUUUUAAUAAGUAGAUCAUUACUUCUCAUUAGAUUCUGUGGUGCAACAACAAGCAUCAUGUUUUAUGUAGAAAUGCAAUGGUUAGUAAAUUUGUUUCUUUGUUUUUAUGUCAUGUGCAUUUUUGGCGCAGGGCUUUAUGUUUUAUUCAGAAGUAGAUGUACAUCUAAUCAAAUGCCAAAUAAAUUGAAAAUACCUAAAAGGGCAACAA